AUGCCCAGGGGACCCGAGUUCAUCGAGGAGGAAAUUCCCUUAACAUACACCCAGGACCUGCUCAAGGCAAGGGUGGUAGGGGAUUCGAAAGCUCCGAAAAUUCCUUUGUACGAUGGGAUGACCAACUUAUACGAUCAUCUGGAUAAUUUCCGCUACGCCAUGGAGGGACGUGGGGCAAACAAAGCAACCAAGUGUCGCCUGUUCCCGAAAACUCUCAAGGGCCCAGCCACGAGUUGGUUCAAGAGGUUCGCCCCAGAGUCCAUUAGCUCUUUCGUCGAGCUCAGGAAAGUCUUCUUGGAAAGAUAUAUGAUCAUUUCAGAUCGGCUCUACACCGCAAAUGACUUAUUAAUGGUCAGACAACAACUCGACAAAAAGCUUAGAGACUACAUCACUCGAUUCAAUAAUGAAUACGCAAGCUGCGAAGGGUGCGAUGAGGCCACGGCACACAACGCACUGAUGGGAGGGCUCCAAGGAGGAGAUUUCUAUUUUUCCCUUACUAGGAACCCGCCGGAGACAUAUAAAGACCUCUUCCGCGAGGCUACGAGCUAUUCCCAAGCCGAGCAAUUGAACCUGGCUAGAAAGGCCACAGCAGGGUCGAUCCCAGAUACCAACGCGGCAUACCAGCCCAGGGAUAAGAGGCCCAACGACUAUGCCUAUGAUCGGUCAACAAAAAGAAGGAAGGGAGAGCUGGGGUCCUCGGCUCGGAAGGGCGAUAACAGACCUGAGAAGCAUAAUCAGUACACAAACUAUACCCCCUUGAAUAAAUCAAAGGGUGAAAUAUUUGCAGUAAUAGCCGGUGAGCUCCUUAACCCGAAAAGGGCAAGAUUUCCUUACCGAGGAAGGAGGGACGAAGGCAAGUAUUGCAAGUACCACCGCGACUACGGUCACCACAUAGAUGACUGCUACUAG